GAGCGGACCUGCCGUGGGUCGCGCGCCUCAUACAAACUCGCACCCUCGCCGCAUUCGCACUCACCCCGAGCGAGCGCGUGCCGCGUAGUACGGCCGGCCGAUACCUCCCGCGCUACCGACCUCCUCCGACUUCGCAAUCUUUGUUCUCAACACUUUCCAAGUCUAGAUCCUAAACUUUGAUACUCAGUUGUUGGCUCCAAACUUCCCAGCGAAGGCGAUAUCGUACCGAAUACUUGAGAACAGUGAAACUGUGAACUAUAAAUAGUGUAUAAUCCGGUAACCGGUAGACAGAGAGUGUGAUGAAGUACCAAAAUGCUCUGUUUUCCUGGAGGAUAAAUACAAAACAGUUUCACUAAAAGGUGGAGUGAAUCGGGCGCAGGUUGAAUAAUAUGUAAUACGUCACGCCAAGUGACGAACACCGACUUUACCUAGUGCGUGUGUGUUAAUUGGUGCAGUAGACUCGUCGCCAGCGAAGAUGGGCAAGAAGAACUCAAAACUAAAACAAGAUACGAUCGACCGGCUGACGAGUGCAACUUACUUUACGGAGAAGGAAAUCCGGCUGUGGCACAAAGGGUUCCUGAAGGACUGUCCGAAUGGACUCCUGACCGAACAGGGGUUCAUUAAGAUCUAUAAGCAGUUCUUCCCGCAAGGUGACCCCAGUAAGUUUGCAUCCCUCGUCUUUCGAGUGUUCGACGAAAACAACGAUGGCUCCAUCGAGUUCGAGGAGUUCAUUAGAGCACUAUCGGUGACGUCACGGGGAAAUCUCGACGAAAAGCUGCACUGGGCCUUCCGACUCUACGAUGUUGAUAACGACGGCUACAUAACACGCGACGAAAUGUACAACAUAGUAGACGCGAUCUAUCAGAUGGUGGGCCAAACUCCACAACCAGAGGACGACAACACUCCUCAGAAGCGCGUCGAUAAGAUCUUCGACCAGAUGGAUAAGAACCAUGACGAUCGUCUGACGUUGGAGGAGUUCCGUGAGGGCAGUAAGGCUGACCCUCGCAUUGUCCAGGCUCUCUCACUUGGAGGCGAUUAAUCGACGGUCAUCCUCUCGCCGGACUUCACAUUUACUUAAAGAGCUAAUAUCAUUCCGCCGCUUGUGUCUGUGUAAUAAUUUGUGUACUACAUGUUUCUAUGUAUGUAUAUAAUACCUAUGUGUAUCCUAAAAGGUUAUUUAAAUGUAUUAUGUAACCAAUUCUUUGUGUUAGGCGUUAAUAUCUAUGUAAUUUCAAUGUAUACUUAUUUACGGUGUUAUUUUCGUACAUACAAUUCCGUGUUGUUAUUUCGUUGAUUUUGAUCUAAUAAGAUCAAUUUUUUAUUUCAAAUUGUAUUUAUUUAAUAUUUGAACAAACGUAGAUAUAAUUAUGUGCAAGAAUUGUAAUGAAUGUCUUGUAACAUAUUAAUCUGUUGUAACAUAGGCGACGGAUGCAUAUUAAUUAAUUGUUGUUUUUUAGAAACAUUUGCCAAUAUGAACACCAGGCCAGGAGCGAGGCUUUAUUUAUCAAUCAUUCGGUACCACUACGUACCUAUUAUAAAUCAAAACCAAUUUAUUUAUUUCUGUGCGAUACAAAACUCAACGUUUUUAGAAUUAACGAAAUAUACCUCGUUGGUUUUACUCAAAGUUUCGCAUAAUUUAUCUACAAAGAAUAUCUCAAAAAUAUUUUUAUAUUUCUUAUAUUUGUAACAAAAAUAAUUUGAGAAUCCGCCUACUUCUGGAAUUUCUGUCUACUAACAAGCAAUAGUGGUCUCGUCUUGAUUUGCGCGUGAAUUAAUGAUGCAAUGUAACAACAACGUUUCUUGAAGUGACAAAAUAUUGUUGUGGCCUUAAGAAAAGGCGUUAAUUGCUUCAAACUAUUUUCCAACGAAAUGCAGUCACAAACCAAGAACAGAUACAUUGUUUUCAAUAUCGGAAAGUUGACCAUCUUGAACACAAUCAGCGCUUUAGGGAAGGGAAACAAAGAAUUCGCCAACAACUCAUAAUCGGUUCUGGCUUAUCGCACAUAUGUGGAACAGUACUUGAAAAUGGUUUUAAUUUAUUAAUUACAAUGUUAAAGAACAUUACGUGUGCGCUGUAAAGUGCUUUCUAUUUCUAAAUUAAUGUAAUAAAUGUGGUAGUUGAUCCUCGCCAUCAGUUUCGUGUUGGCAAAUUUAGUCGAGCUCUAUCUAAAGUAAAUGAUGAAUAAUAUAUACGUUCUACCUUCCUGAAGUUGAAACCUACAAGACAUCUUAACCAGAUGUGAUUUUUAAAAUUAAAUCAUGUGAUAGGACUACAUUCAUCCCUCAAUCUGAGCUUUUGCUCCUCCAUCCGUGCGAGAGAAUGACCGGAGAUAACACAACCGGUUAUCGUAAAAAUCGUUGUUAGUGCACUAGGUAGACACACGAUAAUUUUUCGAGAAAACGAUAAUUCAUUGUCAAACAAUCGCCUAAUCUUAACGUCAUCAACAAAACUUACAGUAUGAAAUGGAAAUGGUGUCAAUAUAGACACGCCACGGUCUCCACCGGGCCGCAUUGUCACCCGUGGCACAGCGCGCCCCGCGGGGCCCCGCUGGCAUGAUACUCAGCUGACUUUGGUCAUUUAUGGUUUCGUCUGAACCUAACGUUAACCCUUUACUGUUGUUGUUGAUAAAUUGUUAGUUUUUUAAGUGUUGCGCCCCAUUAACGUUAAAUUUGCAUUAUAAGACAAUAUAAAAUUUUUGGCGUGUUUUUACUGCCCCAUAUUUACUUAUUAAUAUAUAAAAUAUUCUCAUAAAAUUUGAACACAGAUGGCAAAGCCAUAAAACGAAUUGUAACAUUUUUUAUCAUAAAAUUUUGCUCGUCUAAAAAUUUUUGAAAACUACAUUAAGAACGAGAUUCA